AUGCUGUACGGUUAUCUUGAGGGUAGCGUUUUUCCAGUUGGAGUCACGCAGGGCUUCGGUCAGCUUGCAUCGAUCGUGUUCAACAGCGUCUACUUUCGUUGGACGCCAAAGCAUAGACGCAAGGAGUUGCUCAAAGCGUAUGCAUGGGCACUAGCACUGCAUUGUGCUGUAACCCUGUACUUCAUACUCGUUGUGACGGGUGUCACCGGACAAACCAAUGCUGAAGCAAGCACGUCGCUUGGGUACUUCGGUCUCGUCUUUAGUGUUGGCGUUUUCGCAUCUCCCCUCGGCACCCUAAAGCGCGUCAUAAAGACCAAGUCGGCCGUCUCCAUUCCAGUCAACAUGAGUCUCAUGAUCUUCGUCUCCUCGGUACUUUGGGUGGCAACGGGAUUGCUCGACAGCGACUACUUUAUCGCUGGCCUGAACGCCGCUGGAGUUUUGUUGGGCGCCGUUCAAAUAGUGCUCUAUUAUAUCUAUCGACCAGGCCAAGGGGUCGAAGCUCUCCAGGGUCAGCGGUACGGGACAAACGGAGAGCUGCCAGUCGUGUGGUCACCGGCAGACAAAAGCGUUGGCAUUGCUUUUUCUGCAGUGAGUCCGGCUUACAAAACCCUGCCUUCACCGAUUACAUCGUAG